CCGACCAAUUACCUCACUGCUGCAGUGGGGUCUGCCCAUUUCCCCUCCCUCUGCGACCCCCCCUGCAAGGAUCAAAAUCCCCAUCAUGGUGAUACGUCCCUGCUGUCGGACAGCGAUCGCAGCACCGAGCGCCUCAGUGAGCGCGGCUCCUCUGACAGCUGGGAGAUAUCCUGCAGGUCAUGCCACUUAAUGUGGUGUUGGAUGGGCCGGCCCCCUGGGGUUUCCGCCUGACAGGAGGACGGGACUUCAACCAGCCCCUGACCAUCUCCAGGAUCACUCCAGGCAGUAAGGCGUCCUCGGCCAACCUGUGUCCUGGGGAUGUUAUCCUGGCCAUCGAGGGAGUCCCAGCCACAGACAUGCUGCACUGCGAGGCUCAGAACAAGAUAAAGGAGUCCACCAGACAGCUGUGUCUGACUGUGGAAAGGAAUCAAUCCCGACUUUGGUCUCCUCAUGUUGUGGAGGGCGGCAGAGCUCACCCGUUUAAAGUCAACCUUGAGACCGAACAGCAGGAGUAUAAACCGAUCGGCGCCGCUCACAACCGAAGAGCUCAGCCGUUUAUUGCUGCAGCAAACAUCGAUGACAAGCGGCAGGUGGUCAGCACAGCCUACAACACUCCUAUAGGCCUGUACUCCUCGGGAAACAUCCAAGAUGCCAUGGAGGGCCAAAUCCGGGGCCUUGUUCCGCCCAAACCUGAGAGUCCCAGAGCUUUGAGCAGCAUCCAGGAGUCUGACGUGUACCGGAUGCUGCAGAGAGACCAGGAUAUGCCCCAGGAGCCUCGGCAGUCUGGCUCCUUCAGAGCCCUCCAGGAGUUUAUCGACAGCGACGGCACUCAUCCCAUUGUGACUCGGGCGGUCAAAGCCCCCGUCUCCAAACCAGCUCCACCUACGGGAAACUUGCAGAAACUGCCCGUCUGCGAUAAGUGUGGGAAUGGGAUUGUUGGGACGGUGAUUAAAGCUCGGGACAAAUACCAUCACCCCGGAUGUUUCGUGUGCUCCGACUGCGAUGUCAACCUGAAGCAGAAGGGCUAUUUCAUAGUGGAAGGGCGUCUGUACUGUGAGGGCCACGCCCGAGCCCGAAUGAGACCACCAGAGGGACACGACCUCAUCACAACAUUCCACUCACCAUAGAAGUUUGUCAAACAUGUCCAAUGAUCUGCAACGUUUGAGCAAGAUAAUGUGAGCAUCAUAAAGCGUUCUAAAGUGAUGGAUUGGAAAUCACACUUCACAGCUUAUAAAUUGACUCUGGUUUAAAGAUUUGACACAUUUUUAAUGUUUCCAAUAAAUAAAUCUGGUCACGGACAAAUGCA